AUGUUCGAAACAGGCGACCAGGACGGCUGCGUCACCUUUAAUCAGUAUGCCCAGCGCUGCUCCGGCAUGGCACCCUGCCGGAACUGCCGCCAUCGCCUGGCCGAGCAUGGCGCACAGCCUGACGGCAUCCAGACGGACCCCGAGUACCAUAAGAAACUGCUCAGCGAUGUAUUCCGGCUGAUCCAAAUGACCGACGAAGCGGGCCUCCAGCCGUUCUUAGAACUGGUCCGGAAUGGCGCUACAUUCCCAGAAGCGCGCUGCUAUCUUGACGAGAUAUCACAGGGCCUACCAACACCAGAAAUAGCAUCGAGCGAGUCCCUGCGAGAGGUGAGACUGAGGGCUGGAUACGAAAUCGAGAGCGGGGCGCCACCGCUCCGGUCCAAGGUCAUGGAUGUGCACUACCUGUGUGAUUCUGCGCCGGUGAAAGUACCCGCGAAGCCGUGGACGACGGUUACGGACGACGAUGCGCUGGUGUCGCAUUUAAUUUCGCUUUACUUUACAUGGGAUUAUCCGUUUUAUGCGUUUGCGGACCGCGAUAUCCUGAUUAAACAUAUGCAGGCGGGGAAUCUGCAGUCGGACUUUUGUAACCCGUAUCUUGUUAAUGCUCUUCUUGCCAAUGCCUGUCACUAUUCACACUACUCCGAGGCGUAUACGGUGCCCGGGGACGUGAAGACGAAAGGCACGGACUUCCUCGCAGAAGCCGAGAGACACAUGCAGAACAACCGCUUCGAGAAAGGAUCCAUCGUGCGGCUGGCGACAUUGCAAGCCACGCUGCUGCUGUACGAAAGAUAUUCCAUGGUGGGAGAUGACGAUAACGGGUAUACCAUGCUCAACCAGGCGAUUGAAAUGGCAGAGGCGCUGGGAAUCAUUAACCGCCCCGAGCUGAACCUGAACCGCUCGUUUAUGUCCGAGGACAUGAUCUCGUCUGUGAAGCGGACUGCGUGGGGGUUGUUCCAGAUCGACACGAUUGUGCAUACGAAUUUCCUGCGGCCCAGCCUGGUUACUGAUGUUAGUAUUGAGCGGAUUGACCGUGAUGCGUCGAAGCCAACAGAUAUGUGGAUUGCAUACCCUUUAAAUAUACCGGACAGACCGACGUGGCUGAGCCAGGCGUUUGAUGAAGCGUGCCAUCUGUCGUAUAUUGCUCGGGAUAUGUCGCGGACGCUGAGCCCAGGAUCUGAUCCCGUUGGGAAUACACCAGAGCAGAAGUUGGAUCUAUAUAAAAAGCUGCGACAGUGGGAGGCCAACCUGCCAGCGACGUUUAUGCCGAGAGAGAGGCCGGCACCACAUAUACUGUUACUCCUGAUGCGAUACCACGCACUGCUCAUAAACCUCUACUGCGACUGGUUCGAUGGCAAGCCCCCAUUCAACACAAUGACCGGACAGGUAGCCCAAGAGCCCUCAACCCGAGUCGCCGACGCUGGGGCCCUCAAAAUAGCACUCUCAUCAGCACGCGAAAUCGCCUCCCUCGCACGCCUGCACAAAGACGAAUACGGCAUGGAGCGCGCGCACCAGUUCGCGAUGUACGCCAUCCUGCUGGCCCUGUUCGCCUUCCUGGAGCAGCAGUCCUUCAACUUGCUCGACCACGACUUCCUCUCCCUCACCAGCGCGUUCUCGAUACUUGCCGCGCGCUCGCCCGUCGGUAUGCACCUGUUCCAUAUCUUCCGGCACUCGGUGAAAUUCCGGCUGCAGUGCGGCAAGUGGGAGAGUUCGGUGAAGGUUCCCGAGGAGCUGGACGAGCUGUUCUUUAAGAAUACGGCGCCGGAGAUUCCGGGGCGCUGGAAUCACUAUGCGGAGGGGCUGCAGCGGUUGUGCGACGAGGGCGAGUAUAUUGGGAGUUUGGAUGGGGGGUGGCAGGCGCAUGCGGCGUCGGGGAUUAACGAUAUGCUGCGCAAGUAUGAGAGGCUGAGUGUGGGCAAGUCGGAUGAGAUGCAUGGGCGGGGUGAAUCGAGUGGGUUUGGGUUCUCAGCUGAAUAA